CUCCAGGCUCCAGGACUAUCGCGCUCACUGUGUUCCGAGGAUGGCAUCGGCCAAUGUCGUCUUUCAGGACUAUCUGUGCCGUAGCGCAGAUGGCUGGGGCCCCGCCUCGCCGGCCGACUUCAGGUUCAGUCUGUGUUUCGAGGAUGGAGUGGUAUCCCUCGUACCACUGAUCGUCAUCUACUUCUUCGGCGGUAUAGAGCUCUACAAGCUGAGGAAUGCCACUCGUCAAAGCCAGACGGCAGGUUUCCGGGCCAGCGGGCUGCCGUUCCUCAAGCUGGCUGCCUAUAUCAUUAUCUGCGUCGGCCAGCUGGCGUACACCGUCGUGGUAGCCACAGAGUCAUCGGGCGACAGAUGGAUCAAGUUCAUCGUGUCCCUGCUGACGCUAGCAGGCUUUGCGAUGUCGAUGCCGUUAUCGUUUCGCAACCACAUGACUCAGCGUCGAUCGAGCACUGCCAUCCUCUUCUUCCUGCUCCUGCAGCUGGUCGUCAACCUCAUCAAGCUUCGUACUACCAUCACCACCCUCUCCUACCGCCACCACCUCGGCUCGUUCAUCUUGUUCUGCAUCCUCUUCGGCCUCGAGACUGCUCUCUUCGUGAUGGAGUGCUUUGGACCGGAGAGCAAUCGCAAGGGUGGCUAUAUCAAGCUCGCAGAGGAUGGCGAGGAGCAGUAUGAGGCGCCCGUUGUCACCUCCAACAUCUUCGCUCGGCUCACCUUCUCCUGGAUGACUCCACUCAUGCGACUGGGCGUCCAGAAAAACCUCGCUGAGGAGGACCUUUGGAAUCUACCGAGGGCGGAUCAGGCAGAUGCUCUCGGCGCUCGUCUACGGAAAUUCUGGGAUGAGCAGCUGGCGUACCGAGAGAAGCCCUCUCUGGUCAUCGCGCUCGCCAAAGCCUACGGGGCGCCCUUCUUCUAUGCCGCAAUUUUCAAGGCCUUCCAGGACAUGCUGGCCUUUGUUCAACCUCAAUUACUCAGACGGCUACUCUCAUUCGUCGAGACAUACCGAAGCGAUCAUCCAGAGCCAGAAUAUAAAGGCUACGUCAUCGCGAUUGGCUUCUUCGUCUGUGCCGUGGUGCAGACGGCUUUCCUGCAUCAGUACUUCCAGAACUGCUUCGAGACAGGAAUGCGCGUCAGGACCGGCCUGAUCACCUUUAUUUAUGACAAGUCCCUCGUCCUUUCGAAUGAAGCCAAAACCGACACCACGACGGGCGACAUUGUGAACCGCAUGUCAGUCGAUGCCAGCAGACUGCAAGACGUAAUGACGUAUGGUCAGAUUGCUUGGUCUGGUAUCUUCCAAAUCUGUCUUGCCUUUGUUUCACUUUACAACCUACUGGGCUACUAUGGCUUGGUCGGCGUAGGCGUGAUGAUCCUGUCGAUGCCUGCCAACGCCAUCGUGGCUCGCUACAUGACUAGAAUGCAGCGUCGACAGAUGAAGAACAAGGAUCAGCGAACGCGCAUGAUGAACGAGAUUCUCAACAAUAUCCGUUCGAUCAAGUUGUACUCGUGGGAAGGCGCAUUCGCGCAGCGCCUCUUCGCUAUCCGCAAUGACAAGGAGCUUGCCCUCUUGCGCAAGAUGGGAUAUCUCAGCGCGUGCAGCACUGGGUUGUGGAAUCUGACUCCCUUUCUCGUCUCAGCCUUGACAUUCACAUUGUACGCGACGACUACUGGCAAGCCCCUAACAAGCGAUAUCAUCUUCCCAGCGAUAUCACUCUUUCAGCUCAUCUCGUUUCCUCUCUCGUCAUUGCCCGUCGUCUUCACAUCCUGGGUGGAAGCAUAUGUCGCAGUUGGGCGUCUGACUACCUUUCUGUCGAGUAAGGAACUUCAGAAAGAUGCGACCGAGAUCGAGGAAGUGCGAGGCAAACUGAGAGCUGGCGAUGAGCUCGUAUCGAUCAGGCAAGGUGAAUUCUCCUGGUCUGCAUCUGCGCAAAACAGCUCUACCCUACACGACAUCAACUUAUCACUCAAGAAAGGCGAGCUCAUCACGAUCGUCGGACGCGUUGGCAGCGGCAAGUCUUCGCUGCUGUCUGCAAUAUUAGGAGAAAUGACUCGUUUGGACGGCAAGGUCAAGGUAAGAGGGAAAGUUGCCUAUGCGGCCCAGCAACCGUGGAUCAUGGGCGGCACCGUUAAGACCAACAUCACGUUUGGUCAUCGUUUUGAGCAGGACUUUUACGAUCAGGUGCUGGACGCAUGUGCGCUACGCGAGGAUCUUGCCAUUCUGCCGGACGGUGAUGAGACCGAAGUCGGUGAGAAGGGGAUCUCUCUGUCGGGCGGACAGAAAGCGCGCCUUGCCCUCGCGCGUGCAGUGUAUUCGAGGCCGGACAUAAUUCUGCUUGACGAUCCGCUGUCAGCGGUUGACGCGCACGUUGCAGCACAUCUGUUCGAGCGUGUGCUGGGCCCAAGCGGCCUGCUCGCUUCCAAAGCCCGCCUACUUGCGACCAAUGCUAUCUUUGUGCUUGACAAAGCUGACGAGAUCAUCAUGCUCCGCGGCGGCAUUGUCGUCGAACGAGGCUCUUAUGGCGACGUUCAAAAGGCCAAGGGGGAGAUUUACACCCUAAUACAAGAUCAUGGCAAGCACAAAUCUACCGACGACACGGACGAAGCCGAGACUACUCCGGCAUUCGAAGAAGAAGCGAUUUCCGCUGAAGAAGAUCUCGAAAAACCGAACGGGAUGCCUAAUGGCCAUCAUCGCCGCGUCAGCUCGGCCAUCGUCCGCAAAUCGUCAAUGGUCUCGCUUCGAGAGUCGAAGAAAGAAUCGGUCAAUAUGAGCAAACGGUCCGCCAAGAUCAAAGAGACUGUCGAACAAGGAUCCGUCAAGAUUGACGUCUACAAAGAAUAUAUAAAGGCAAAUGGGGCCUUUGGCGUCUUUUGCUAUCUAUCUACGAUUGUCUUGCAACAACUCCUAGCAAUCGUAACGAAUUAUUGGCUCAAGGAUUGGAGCCAGCAUAAUAACGAGACAGGUACAAAUGGCAAUCUAUCGUAUUGGCUGGGCGUAUACUAUGCUCUCGGCCUGCUUACGACGCUGACCUACACGAUCAAUGGCGUCUUGCUUUACGCCCUUUGCGUGGUCAGGAGCGCACGAAAGAUGCACGACUCCAUGUACGAAGCCGUCAUUCGAUCGCCCAUGCUGUUCUUCGAGACGACGCCUAUUGGCACUGUGCUCAAUCGGUUCAGUCGGGACGUUGCAGUAUGCGAUGAGAUCCUCGCGCGCGUGUUUGGCGGCUUUUUCAGGACUCUCGCUUCAGUCAUUGGUGUCAUAGUGGUCAUAUCGACAUCGGCGCCUCUAUUUCUCGUCGUCGUCAUCCCGCUCUUAUUCGCUUAUAAGCGUAUUCAGUCGUACUACUUGGCGACCUCCCGUGCACUCAAGCGACUCGAUGCAACAAGCAAAUCCCCCAUCUUUGCUUCCUUCUCAGAGACGCUCACUGGCCUGACUACGAUCCGGGCGUAUCGUCAGCAGAAGCGUUUCUCAGCAGAAAAUGAGGGCAAAGUCGAUCGUAACCAACGGGCGUAUUUCCCAUCAGUGUCUUGCAAUCGUUGGCUAGCGGUCAGGCUCGAGUUCAUCGGCAGCAUCAUCAUUUUUGCUGCUGCUCUGCUGUCAGUCUUUGGUCUCGUGCGAUCUAAGACUCUGGACGCAGGCUUGGUUGGCCUUAUGAUGACCUACGCUCUGUCCACGACCCAGGCGCUCAAUUGGAUCGUUCGUUCAGCUACAGAAGUCGAGACGAACAUUGUCUCGAUCGAGCGUAUGCAAGAAUAUAUCAGCUUACCGCCUGAAGCACCAGAAGUCAUAUCUGACAACAGGCCACCGGCUGAUUGGCCCAGCAAGGGCGCAAUCGAAUUCGUCGAUUACGCUACGCGCUAUCGAGCAGGGUUUGACCUGAUCCUGAAGGACAUCAAUUUCAAGAUCAAGCCUGGAGAGCGAGUCGGCGUCUGCGGGCGUACCGGUGCUGGCAAGUCGUCACUACUCAACUGUCUUUUCCGCAUUAUAGAACCAGCUGCGGGCAAGAUACUCAUCGAUGAUGUCGACAUCUCUCAAAUAGGUUUACACGACCUCAGAUCGCGACUCAGUAUUAUUCCGCAGGACUCGCAAUGUUUCGAGGGUACCAUGCGAGAUAACCUCGAUCCAACCCGAGAAGCCACAGACACGCAACUCUGGCGAGCCCUUGAGAACACGCGACUGAAAACGCACGUCCAGACCAUGGAGGGCGGGCUCGAUGCUCACGUAGACGAGGGCGGGUCAAAUCUCUCGUCUGGACAGCGACAGCUUAUGUGUCUCUGUCGAGCACUGCUCCGGAGCACUCAGAUUCUCGUCAUGGACGAAGCGACAGCGAAUCUAGACAUCCAGACCGAUUCAGAAGUUCAAGAUAUCUUGAAGCAAGAAUUCAAGGGUGUCACUGUGCUCACGAUUGCGCACCGGCUCAACACCAUCAUGGACUCGGACCGCAUAAUCGUUAUGGACAAAGGCCGGGUCGCCGAGUUCGAUUCGCCUAGCAACCUGCUCGCCAAAGCGGACAGUAUUUUUGCAUCGCUCGCUAGAGGUGCCGGUGUUGUUUAAACUAGUGAAAUUCCUGCGUAGAUGCAUCACAGCGUUUGUUUCAUUGCGUC